GUUAACCCUUUUAAAAAAUCUAAAUAUUCUGUAACAUGCCAUAUUCUGUAGUUGCAGUGAGCAGAGGCCAAGCGCCCCCAUCUAUUUGUAGCUUCUUCUCACAGUCAAAACCCUAAAUUGUAGCUUCCUUCUUGAUUCAGCAGCCGAUGCCCCUCCUCAAACCCCUCCUCGGCACUUCUCAACUGCUCAAUCUUCCUCCAGUAAAUUCUUCAACCUUCUCUUCUCUCUCUUCUCGCCCAGACAUCCAUCUCAUCGACAAAGCCAUCGCCAUCCUCAAACGCCACCACCCAGUCCACCUCCAACCACUAUCUUCUCAAUUCACUCCUCAUUCAGCUUCCCAUUUGCUUCUCGAAUGCCAAUUCGACAAAACUUUAACCCUGAAGUUCAUCAAUUGGGCCCAACAAUGCCAGUUCUUCGACUUCCGUUGCAAGUGUCUUGCCCUUCACGUCCUCACCAGGUUCAAGCUCUACAAGACUGCCCAGUCCCUUGCCGAAUCCCUUGCCCUGGGUUCCGACGACGACGACACGGGCAGUUCUGUGUUUCAAUGUCUCAAAGACUCAUACCAACUGUGCAAUUCCAGCUCGGCUGUGUUUGAUCUUGUGGUAAAAUCGUACUCUCACUUGAAACUGAUCAAAAGAGCUCUGAAUACUAUUGAUUUAGCCAAGCUUCAUGGUUUUAUGCCAAGUGUGUUAUCGUAUAAUUCUGUUAUUGAUGUGGUAGUUAGGUCCCGCCAUUCCAUUGAAUUAGCUGAAAAUUUGUACAAUGAUAUGAUUAGAACUGGUAUUUCGCCGAAUGUGUAUACUUAUAAUAUACUGAUUUGGGGUUUUUGUGGGGUUAGAGAAUUGGAGAAGGGGUUGGGUUUCUUCAAUGAAAUGAAGAGAAAUGGGUGUUUGCCGAAUGUGGUUACUUUUAAUACCUUAAUUAAUGCUUAUUGUAAAAUGGGACGAAUCGAUGAGGCGUUGAAAGUGUUGAAUUCAAUGUCAGCCAAGUGUCUGGAGCCAAACUUGAUUUCCUACAAUGUGAUUAUUAAUGGGUUGUGUCAAGAAGGGAGGCUGAAGGAGACAGGUCAGGUUCUUGAUGAGAUGACGCGGAAGGGUUUUGUCCCUGAUGAGGUGACAUACAAUACGCUUGUGAAUGGUUAUUGCAAAGAAGGUAAUUUUCACCAAGCACUUGUUUUGCAUGCGGAGAUGGUGAGCAAAGGUGUCUCUCCAAAUGUUGUUACAUAUACAUCAUUAAUUAAUUGCAUGUGUAAGGCUGGGAACUUGCAUCGCGCAAUGGAUUUUUUUGAUCAGAUGCACGCGAGGGGAUUAGGUCCGAAUCAGAGAACAUAUACAACAUUGAUUGAUGGCUUCUCCCAGAAGGGAUUCAUGGAUGAAGCUCAUCGGAUCUUGAAAGAAAUGAUUGACACUGGAUAUUCACCUUCAAUUGUGACUUAUAAUGCAUUAAUCAAUGGACACUGUGCAUUGGGCAGGAUGGAAGAUGCUUUAGGAGUGAUUCAAAAUAUGGUGGGGAAAGGGUUAGAACCUGAUGUUGUUAGUUACAGUACUCUCAUUUCUGGGUUUUGCAGAAAUAAAGAUUUGGAUAAGGCAUUUCAAAUGAAGCGGGAGAUGGUGGAUAAAGGAGUUUCCCCCGAUGCUAUUACCUAUUCAUCUCUGAUUCAUGGCCUAUGCGAGCAGAGGAGACUGAAUGAAGCCGUCGAUCUUUCUCAAGAAAUGUGGAAAAUAGGUUUGCCUCUGGAUGAAUGUACAUAUACUACCCUGAUCAAAGCUUAUUGUGACGAAGGGGAUAUUGAAAAGGCUCUCUAUCUGCAUGCUGAAAUGAUCAGAAAGGGCUUCCUUCCUGAUUCUGUUACCUACAGUGUGCUAAUUAAUGGGCUUAGCAAGCAAGCUCGGAUGAGGGAUGCAAAGCAGCUUUUGUUUAAGUUGUUUCAUGACGAGCCUGUCUCAAAUCAUGUCACAUAUGAUACACUGAUAGAGAACUGUUGUAAUAGUGAGUUUAGGAGUGUGGUAGCUCUCAUGAAAGGAUUCUGUAUGAAGGGUUUGAUAAAUGAAGCAGAUCGAGUUUUUGAAUCAAUGAUACAGAGGAACUACAAGCCUAGUGAAGCAGUUUAUAAUGUUAUUAUACACGGUCAUUGUAGAGGUGGAAAUCUAUUGAAAGCGUUCAAUCUCUACAAGGAAAUGGUGCAGUUUGGUUUUGUUCCUCAUACUGUAACUGUUAUUGCUCUGAUUAAAGAGCUUUUCAAAAAGGGUAUGAGUGUGGAGUUGAAUGAGGUUACAAGGAACACAUUAAAUAGCUGCAGGCUUAGCGAUGCUGAGCUUGCAAAAGUCCUUGUUGAGAUAAAUCUUAAAGAAGGUAACAUGGAUGCUGUAUUUAACUUGCUUAGUGAAAUGGCUAAAGAUGGCCUUCUUCCAAAUAGUGGGAAGACCACCUUUGUUGGGGGAUGAAUUGAAAUAUAGAUGGAGUUCUUAUGUGCUUUCUGCAAUGGGUCAAAGGCCAACAAUGAUCAUCUUCCAGAUUCUAAAGGAGCUACAGAAAUCGUGUGAAACAAAUCCCUUUCUCCUUCAUCCCUAUACUUUCAAGUGCUGAUAAUAUUCUCUAUUAAUGGGUUGAUUUCUUUCUUGGGUUUCAACUUUUUGCUGAGGCGCUCUCAAGAUCUUGGAAACAGACUGGCUGAAGAUGCUUCUGCUUUAUCUUACUGCCUGAUGAUUCUUCAGCUGUCUUAAUGUUGGACUCUUUUUAAUGUAAGAGCUGUUGCCAUAUUAGCUCUGACUACCACAAGAAGAUCAUCAGCAAAGAACUGGUGUGUGAUAGGAUAAGAAGACCCCAAAGACAGAAGAAGUGUUGCGUAUACCAGUGCAUCAACACAGAAGUUGCCUCUAAUGCAUCAAGACAACCCAACUGUACUAACACUCAGAGAGAAUGCCAGAGAGAUCGAAGUAAGGUUUUAUAUAUGAACAUUGUUACACACUAGUGUGUGAGAGAGAAAACCUGGUGCCUUUUUUUUGGUUUUGUAGUACAUUGAAGUGCAAGUUUAUUUUAAUUCUUGUGUUUUUUGUCUCUCAAAUUAUUAUAUUGUUGUGAUGGACUGAAACUUUGUUUUAUUGUUUGUAUAAGAUAAAUAUUAGUGUUUUUUGUUUGGUAGGAAA